ACAUGAAUUAAUAAUGAUCUCCAAUCAUCAACUUCUACGCUGAUUGAUUUCGGACAAAAUUUAAGCUUAACCUCCAUUUCUCACUUCUCAGUCUGUCACAUGACGAGGCAUGGUCUUUCAGCUUCGAACAUCCGCCGCUGAGAAAGUGGAGCAUCAACAAAAAGCUUAGCAUUCUUCUACACCAAAUAAGAAAAGUUUAGCUUCCUUCACCUCUCUCUCUCUCUCUCUCACCGUGGUUCAUGCUUCUUCUCUUGUCCUCAUCAUCGUGUUCUUCCCGCCGCUUUCGUUUUUGAUCCGAACGCUGAUUUGUUUGCUUUCAGUUUAGUGUUUCGGUUGACCGAAAACAGGUCUAGUGUUUAUGGCUCUGCAUUCUCUUCAAAUUACUUCUGAUCUGUUUUCCUAGCCGGUUCGAUCGAAUCAGCAUGUGUGCGAGAUUUGGAUCCUGAGUUGUCCUGGUUUUAGAAACAGACGUUUCCAAUGUCGUUUGUCGUUAUUUACGAAGUUUCCUUGUGUUCGCGAAAGCGGGAGCUUGUUUUAAAUUUUAAUAAUCUCUGUGACUGCUCACCUGCUGACUGAUUCUAGGGAGGAAAUCUGGGGAUACGUGGACUUAGGAUCAAACUAAGCUAGAUGUGGGAUUGUGUGCCAAAGUUCUUGAAGUAGAAGUAUCAUUCAACAAUGCCUGGUUUCAAAGCAAAAGUCAGAGUUGCAGUUCUUAUCAUUAUCGUGAUAGGGAUUUGUCUUGCGGCUCUAUACGGUGUCUUAAAACCCAUUUCAAAUGGAUGUAUCAUGACCUACAUGUAUCCGACUUACAUUCCUAUCUCUUCAUCUAAAAGCAUUGCGCCAGUGAAAUAUGGAUUAUAUUUAUAUCAUGAGGGUUGGAAAAAGAUAGAUUUUAAGGAGCAUCUCAAGAAGCUUAGUGGUGUACCGGUGCUUUUCAUCCCAGGCAAUGGUGGUAGCUACAAACAGGUACGGUCUUUGGCAGCAGAAUCUGAUAGGGCAUAUCAGAAUGGUCCCCUUGAGCGUUCAUUUUACCAAGAAGCUUCCCUAAGCUCUGAAGAAGUAGGAGCACACAUGAACUUCUCUGAAUUUCACAUGCCCAAUCAGUAUACUAGCAGGCUAGACUGGUUUGCUGUGGACCUUGAAGGUGAACAUUCUGCAAUGGAUGGGGGGAUCCUUGAAGAACAUGCUGAAUAUGUUGUUUAUGCCAUUCACAAGAUAUUGGAUCAAUAUAAAGUGUCUUAUGAUGCUCGAACAAGACGCACUGCUGCUUCUGGGAGCUUACCAAAAAGUGUGAUAUUAGUUGGUCACUCCAUGGGAGGUUUUGUUGCUAGAGCUGCUGUUAUCCAUCCUCAUCUCAGGAAAUCAGCAGUUGAAACUAUUCUUACCCUCUCAACACCACAUCAAUCACCUCCUUUGGCAUUGCAGCCUUCCUUGGGUUAUUACUUUCAACGUGUAAAUCAGGAAUGGAGAGAGGGAUAUAAGGUUCAGACUACUAACUCUGGGCGUUAUGUGUCUGAUCCUGUGCUCUCUCGUGUUGUUGUGGUAUCUAUCUCUGGUGCAUAUAAUGAUUACCAGGUGCGGUCAAAAUUAACAUCACUUGAUAAUAUCGUGCCCCCAACUCAUGGAUUCAUGGUCAGUAGUACAUCUAUGAGGAAUGUGUGGUUAUCAAUGGAGCACCAGGCUAUUUUAUGGUGUAAUCAACUUGUUAUUCAAGUGUCACACACUCUUCUUAGUUUGAUAGACUCCAAAACGGGCCAUCCUUUUCCAGAUGCUCAAAAAAGGCUUGCAAUUUUUUCAAGAAUGUUGCGUAGCGGAAUCUCACAUAAUUUCAACCGGAUGAUGGAAUUGCCUUCUAAGCAUUCAAUAAGUACUCCUGUCCUCAGUACAAUGGAUUCCACUGGAUCUCAUGUGCACGGUUCAGCUACAUGUCCUCCCAAUAUUCAAUGGAGUGAUGAUAGCCUUGAGAGAGACCUAUACAUUCAGACAAAUGUGGUGACUGUCUUAGCAAUGGAUGGUCGAAGGCGGUGGUUGGACAUACAAAAAUUGGGGUCAAAUGGAAGAAGUCAUUUUGUGUUUGUGACCAACCUUGAGCCUUGUUCUGGAAUUAGACUUUAUCUGUGGCCAGAAAAGGACAAAUCUACGUCAACUUUGCCUCCAAGUGGAAGGGUUGUGGAAGUAACAUCAAAGAUGAUGCGCAUUCCCUCAGGUCCAGCACCACGGCAGAUGGAACCUGGAAGUCAGACCGAGCAACCUCCACCAUCUUCUGUGUUUUGGUUGGGACCUGAAGAUAUGCGUGGGUUUAGAUUCCUUACAAUAUCGGUUGCCCCUCGUCCGACCAUUUCAGGCAGACCACCACCUGCAGCAUCUAUGGCUGUUGGGCAGUUCUUUAACCCAGAAGAAGGGAAGCUAGAGAUAUCUCCGUGGUUGAUGCUUCAAUCUACCUAUUCUCAAAAGGAGAUGAUGUUGGAGGAAGCUCAUCCUCUUGCUGUCCGACUAUCAUUUUCCACCAGCUUGGGUCUUCUUCCUGUUACUCUGUCUUUGAAAACUGCCAGCUGUGGAAUAGAUAACUCUGGACUUCCAGAAGAGGAAGCUGGAGACCUUGAAAGUAGUAGGCUCUGCAAACUCCGUUGUUUUCCACCUGUUGCACUUGCUUAUGAUGACACAUGUGGUCUUCAUAUAUAUCCAAAUUUGGAUGCUGAGACAAUUUUGGUUGAUUCUUCACCAGCAGAUUGGGGUUCAACUAGGCACUCUGAGAGAACAAUUGUUCUUUUGCUGGUUGAUCCGCAUUGUUCUUAUAAAAGUAGCAUUGCUAUUUCCGUCAGUGCUGCUGCCAGCAGGUUUAUGCUGUUAUAUAAUCCAGAGAUGGUUGGUUUCUCCAUUGCCAUCAUUUUCUUUGCUCUAAUGCGGCAGGCAUAUGCAUGGGAUCUUGAUCUGCGGAUACCCUCAAUGCUCUCAACUAUGGAAUCCAAUUUGACAGUGCUCUCACAUUUAUUCUUUCUAGCCAUUCUACCCAUUUUCUUUUCCUUGUUCCUCUCCUUCAUGAUGUCUCAGCCAAUUCCUCCCCUUGCUAGCUUCAUCAGCAUCUCUGUGAUUUGUUAUAUUUUUGCAAACGGGCUUAUAGCUAUUCUGAUUUUGGUAUCUCACUUGCUAUUCUUUGUGGCUGCUGUUUCACACAUUUUUGUCAAGACAAGGUGGCAAAUUUGGGAACAAACUUCUUGCUCUAUAUAUCUCCAGUGGUUUUUUAAUCUUUCCUCCAUCAUCUCUUCUUUCAAGUUGGUUAGGGUUCUGAGAGCCAAUCCAGUGCUUGUUACAACACUUGCUGCAAUUAUACUGGCAUGCUUGGUUCAUCCAGCCCUGGGUCUAAUUAUACUUCUGUUUUCUCAUGCUGUCUGCUGUCACAGUGCUUUAUGCAGUUUCCUGACAGCUUCGUGCCGCAGCCAUGCACAAAAAGAGAGUUAUGAUUGUAAAAUUGAAGACUACAAUGGACCUGAGCAACUUAAGUUUAAACUCGAUGCUAGUUUUAACCGGACAUUCCAUUCAGAAGAUGAUUGCUCCAGCAGUCCAGACUCAUCAAAAAGUUUUGGGGACACACAGUUGGAUCUAUUCCAUCAUCGCCAUGGUUUGUUGAUAUUGCAUUUUGUUGCCGCAACAAUGUUUGCCCCAUCUCUUGCAGCUUGGUUGCAGAGGCUAGGAAUGGGUGAGAGCUUCCCUCGGCUCUUGGAUUCUAUUCUUUGCAUUGGCGUUAUCCUCCAUGGCAUAUGCAACUCAAAGCCCGAGUUCAAUUGCUCCUCCUUAUCCUUAACCGGAUUACCCAUCCGCAAAGUGAGACUAUAUUUUAUCUAUCUCGUGGCUGGGUACUGGUCCUAUUUUUCUGGUCUGGCGUUGGCUCCUUAUCGAGCGAUUUAUGCCAUGGCGGCUGUGGGAGGCAUUACCUUUGCUUUACAAGUGUUUCAAAGAAGUCACAGAGACAAGAAAGAGACUGCUUAUGACAGCCGAAAGCAUUCGCAUAGGCACUGAAAACUCUUGCUUCAGGCAACGUUUUGAUAUAAUCACAGGACAUAGCAGGCCACUUCGUGUUUGUCUGUGCAAGAUGGUGAGUGAAAUUUGCCAUGGUGACGAGAACCACCUGGGUUUUUGCUGUUCGAUAUGUUUGUGUUCCGAAGGAAUAUUGGUAACUUUUCCAGGCCUAGGCUAAGCGUAUUCCUGGGUAAUGGGGUUUUUGGUUGUUGUAUCAUUGUAAUCGGAUAUUCAUUAACAUCAUUGUCUGCAAUUUUGCCUGUUUCUGAGAAAAGUUUGUUGCCACAGUUAGAAUUUAUGACGUAGGCAUUCUAUUUUUUUUUUUUUUUGAUGUAUUUAUUAGUUCCUCAUCCUCAAGUCCUAUUUAUAAGGGAUAUUUAAAGUUUUUUAAUAUUAUAUAAUAUCUUUACAUUUUUUUA